AUGCCGAUUGAUCUCAAGAAGAAACUCAAGACCGACGAUCCCAAGUGGGACAAGCUCAAGCAGGGCUUCAAGAAGGUCGAGACCGGAACUUGGAACGUCCUUGCUCCCGUCGGACAGUGGACCAACCGCACCGCAGGCAAGUUCGGCGCUGAAUCUUUCUGGCCCACCGAGCUGGCUCUGGAAUGCGACAAGGCGGCUCGGAUCCUGCGCACCUUCACCACCAAGGGCGCUUCCGUCGAGGUCGACGAGAGCAAUGCAGCCGGCAUCAGCGAUCAGAAUGCCAUAAUUCCGCCGGCGGCGCCCAAAGUCGAUGCCAAUGGCAAGAAGAUCAAAGAUCCGCACAAGUACGAUAGCCGCAAGACGCAAAAGGUCAUCCGCAGGAUCCCACCCAAGGUGCUCGAGAAGGCACACGGACUCGCCAUCUUUACCGUCUUCCGGACCGGCUUUGGCCUCUCGGCUGCAUCUGGCUCGGGUGUCGUUGUUUCACGAUUGCCGGAUGGAUCGUGGUCCGCACCUUCGGGUCUGUUGAUUCACACGAUCGGCUACGGCUUCCUGAUCGGUCUUGAUGUCUACGAUGUUGUGCUUGUGCUUCGUACACAGAAAGCUGUGGAAGCCUUCAAACGUCCCAAGGUCAGUCUCGGCGGCGAGCUCUCCAUGGCCCUUGGCCCCGUCGGCAACGGUGCGAUGGUCGAGACGGGCGUGGAGGCUGCUCCAUGCUGGUCGUACGUCAAGAGCAAGGGCUUCUAUGCCGGUCUGCAGCUGGAUGGCACCAUCGUUCUCAAGCGUGACGAUGAAAACGCUCGAUUCUACCAGACACCGGGCAUCACGGUGGACAAUAUCCUCUCUGGUCAGCUGCAGCGACCGGCUCCUGCUGCUGUCCUGCCGCUGUGGCAGACCAUCUAUGCUGCGGAAGGAAGACCGCAAUUGAUGGGCACGGACCGCAUCCCUGACGGUACGACACCAGGCGACCUGGUCUUGACCGAGGAAGACAUGAAGGAAGCUAACAGCUAUGCAGAGCAGGAACAGCAGUACCUGCAGCAGCACUCUCAAGGCGCUGGAGCUGCGGUGGCUCCCGUGGGAAGCUUGUCAGGUCGUAGGGUACCGCCACCUCCCGCGGGUUCAGGUCCCAGUAACGUCGUAGGCACCACUGUACCUGUCUCGCAGUCUCACGCAGAUCUGCCGCCCGACUACGAAUUCGCAAAUGCUCCUAUCAACGCGCAGGGUGGGAAGCAGUUGAGCGAUCCCGCUUCGACGCAGCCAUUCCAACCAAGUUCGGACGCUGCUCCACCAAAUCCAUUCACUCAUCCAUCCGACGUUUCGUCAGGCCCUGCUCAUUACGAGACCGCCGAGCAGGAGAAAGCGAGACUGCAGCAACAGUACUCUUCGGCGCCGACCUCGAGUGUUCCCGUCACUCAUCCAGGCUCGUCGCUUCCUGUUCGAGUACAGGCUCUCUAUGACUUUGCCGGUCAAGAGCAGGACGACCUGUCUUUCAGCAUGGGCGACAUCAUCCAGGUCACAGGCCAGGAAGACGAGAUGUGGUGGCGUGGAACGCUCAAUGGUCGCUCCGGAAUCUUCCCUUACAACUACUGCCGCCCUUUGUAG